CGAAGGGUAUUAUUUCAUGUUAUUUGCGUGAAAAAUAAAAAGGGAGAGAUUGGUUGACUUGUUUUUAUUUAAAUACCAGAGUUUGUGUUACCACUGACAACGUACUUUAUUUAUACGUUACGAAGAAAAUUUGGUUCGGUCUUCAAUGAGAUACGUUUGUUUUUACAAAUUUGGCGUUGCAUUAGUGUAGUGACAUUCGGUGUUGAAUACAUUUCGGACUUUUCAUAACUAUGGGACCGAAGAAGAAAAAGGGAAAUGCUGUUAUCGAUGGCGUCGACACAUCAGCCAUGUCAAGAGAGCAACUGGAAAAAUUCGCACACAAUCUACGAAAUGAAAUGGAACGUGAACGGGAAGAAAGGAAUUUCUUUCAAAUCGAACGCGAUAAAUUGCGCACAUUUUGGGAAAUAACAAGAAAUCAAUUAGAGGAUGCCAAACUAUUGAUUCGAUCAAAGGAACGUGAAGUGGCCGUGGCACAGGAGAAUGCCGAAGUGGAAAUAAAAAAUAAUCUUCAGCAAAUGAAGCAUUUGCAAUAUGAAAAUCACACGAGACUGGGUGAAAUACGGGCCGAAACGAUGACACAAUUGAAAUUGUCGCAGGAAGAUCAUUUUGCACAGGAGCUGGAAUUGUACAAUGACAAACGAGCUCUGAAGCGGCUACUUCGGGAGAAAGAAGAGACAACCGAAUUGGAAAAACAGGAACUGAAAAUGAAAAUUAGCAAACUUUUGAGCCAAGAACGAGUGCGGUCCGCAUUGGAAGCAGAUGCAAUGUCCCAGCUACACGAAAAUAAACUACAGGGCUACAUCGAAGAGGCUGAGAUAAAAUACCGCAUGGAAAUAUUUGAAGUGGAGGAGCGCAAAAGUGCGCACAUCUCGAAUUUGAUCGAAUCGCAUAAAAAGGCUUUCGAAGAGAUGCGAAACUAUUACAACGACAUAACCCUCAACAAUUUGGUGUUGAUUAGUUCGCUGAAAGAACAGAUGGAACAAUUACGACAACAGUCCGAACAAAAUGAGAACUUAAUGGCCCAAUUGAAAAUCAAAAACAAAAUGCUCACUGAACCAAUGAAAGCGGCUGAAAUCGAACUGGUUGAUUUGCGGAAAAAGUUGGAAAAUUUUAACCGCGAUCGGGCGGCAUUAAGUCGCACCAAAACACGAUAUUCAUCGGCAUCGAAACAAUUAAACGAUUUGAAAUGGGAAACGGAAGCUUUGCGUAUGCGAUGCGAAAAGUUGACCGAAGAACGUGAUGAACUGAAGGAAAAGUUUGAAGAGGCCAUUAUGGAACUGCAACAGAAAGUGACGCUGAAGAAUGUGUUGCUGGAAAGGAAAUUGAACAUUGCCGAAAAGGAGGCGGAAAAACGAGAACUUGUUUUGGGCGAAGUAUUGUCGGCUGCUGGCAUGGAACCGCAUGAUUUAAGUGUUAAAAUGGAAAAGCUGCUUAAAAGCAAGAACGAUAAAAUCCAAGGGCUGCGAUAUGAAUUAGCAAAAGUUUGCAAGGCACACGACGACAUGCUCAUAGCUUUUGAAGAGAAAUUGAGCGAGCAUGGAAUUCCCAAAGAAGAGCUCGGCUUUCAACCCGUCAAAGCUUACUCAAUAUUACGAAGUGGCUCAAGUUCCACUAGCAUUGUUUAACAACCAUUUUCUCUUUCUUUGGCAUAACCCGUCCGAAUAAAAUUGGAGUUUUUCUUUCGA